AUGGAGAGCGGCAAAGAGCGGCCGGCGGAGACGUGGGAUUUUGGGGCGGGCUACGAUGACGGCUCGUUUGAGGACAGGGAGUCGCUCAGCCUGAGCGCGUGGCUGUCGACGGCGCCGGCCGCAGUAGUCGCGCAGGGCCUUGGGGUGACUAAGGGUGACAUAACCCGGCACCUGGCGCGCGACACCUUCACGUUCCUGCCGCUCGGGCCGGCGCCGGAUUUGUCGCUGGAGGAGUUCCGCGCGCAAGUCGGUCGGCCGCCGCAGCAGCCGGUGGCACUGACUCACCGCUUCCAGCUAGCGCAGGUCAUCCCGGAGGUGAACACGGCUGGCGGCUUCAUAAGCAUUGCGCAGGUGACCAAUUUUCCGGUGUCGACUGAGAUGAGCGGGGCUCUGGUGAGGUUCGCCCCCGGAGCCCUGCGCCAGCUGCACUGGCACCCGGGCCACGCCGAGUGGCAGUACGUAAUCAACGGCUCACUCACGGCGGGGGUGUUUAUGAAGCCGGGGGAAUACGAGGAUGGUUUCCUGGGGCCAGGGGACGCGGGUUAUGCGCCAAAAGGGUCUGCGCACUGGUUGCUCAAUGCAUCCAAUGACACGGACGCUUACGUGGUCCUCAUAUUUGACGAUGGCACCUUCACAAACAUCGAUCUGCCUUGGUUCAUCGGCAACGUGGAUCCAGAGAUUACCGCGGCCAGUCUGAACACGAGCGUGGCGUUUGCCAAGGCCAUCAACUAUGCAGUGCCCACCAUGGUUCCAGCUGGGAGCUGCGACCCUGGAAAUAACGGCGUCCGACCAAGGAACACAAACCGAGAUUAA